CAAUUUUCUUCACUAAUAUAAACCCUCCCUCUCCCCUAUUUCUACAAAGAAAAAGAAAGAGAACACUGAAAUUAAAUAAUGGCGAAAACAAAAUUGAGUGUUAUGCUGGUGGCGGCGGCGGUGGCUUUAGUGGUGGUGGUGGAAGGAUACGGGGGAAAGGUCGGAGGAAGGAUGGAGAUUAAAGACGUGAAGAGGAAUGAGGAGGUGCAGCGAUUAGGAAGAUUCAGCGUGGAGGAGUACAAUCGUCGGAUGGGAGGCGGCGGAGAGGUGAAAUUCACGGCGGUGGUUGCGGCGGAUAGGCAAGUGGUGUCGGGAACGAAAUACUACUUGAGAAUUUUGGGGAUUCAAAAUGGGGAGAGGAAAAUUUUUGAUUCGGUUGUGAUUGUGAAGCCUUGGAUUGGUUCUAAGCGCCUUCUCGACUUUUCUCCUUCCACAGUUUUUAGUACUCCCUUUUCUUAUUUUUGAUUUCUUUUCUUCCUUUUUUUUUUUCCUUAUUUUCUUGGGAAAAUGGAGUUUUUUUUUUCCUUGGAGGUGUGGAACGGAGGAGGAGCUGUAUUUUUUUUUUUUCCUUUCUUACCAGUGGCCAAUAAGAAAUAAGAAUAAUGAACCAAAUAAAUAAUAUUUUUUCCUUUCUUA